AUGCUCUGCCCUCCAACCAUGCGCCCGGCCAGUCCCGCCGAAUCCGAGAUCUCCGUGGGCGGAGCACCCAGUCCACUGCCCACGCAGCAUCCUCAUCCACAUCCGCACCAGCAUCCGCAUCAGCAUCCGCUGCACCAUCCACGUGCCAGCACCAUUGACCUGCUCCAGCAGCAGCAACUGCUGAUGCAGCAACAUGCCGCCGCAGCCGCUGCUGCCGCCGCCGCCGCUGCAGCAGCCGCCGGACUUAGCCGGAGUGCCGUCGGCGGUCUGCCGGAGGAUUACUUCCAGCCGCUGAAACGUUUGCGCAUGUCCUCGUCCUCGUCGGAGCCCAGGGAGCAUACGCCCAGUCCGCCGGCCGCCGUGCCGGAGCCACAAUCCGCCGGACAAACUAAUACCAAUACCAAGUCGGCCAUCGAGGGCGUCAAGAGCUUCUCCAUAGCGGACAUUUUGGGUCACUCGGAGAAGCAGCGCGAAGAGUCCGUCUCACCGCCUCCCAGCUCCAAUCUCCUUGCACCGCCCGCCUCGCGUCCUGGUGCCACUUCCGGCGGUGUCUUGCAGCCGCGCACGGAACCUCUGGAUGUACAUCCGGCGGCAGCGGCCGCCAUGCUGCUGCCCAGCGGACAGAUUGUCCGGCCCUGGGAUCACCUACUGGGUCCGGCCAUGCCCGUUCGCCCCUUUAUACCCUCCGCCCUCUUGCACUAUGAGCAGCGCCUGGCCCUUGACUACCAUCGCCAGCUGCAGGAGCAUUUCAAUGCCCAGGCCCAGCUGUUGCGGCACAUGGGCAUGGACAUCAUUCCAUCGGAGAGCGGCUCGGACCGCUCCAGUUCGGCGGCCAGCGAUUGCUGCUCGCCUGAGAUUGCCAGGGAUUCGGCGGCUGCAGUGGCUGCUGCCUCCGCCGCCGCUGCCCGGCACAGCCACAGUCCUCAGUCAUCAGCACACCCAGGAGCCAGUGGAACCAGCAAUGCGAAUGGCACACCAUUGGAUGCACUGUUCCAGAUGACCACCAAGGACUUUGACGAGUCGCAAGAUAAAUCCCACUUGGACAUCUUCUCGAACCGUCCGCAGCCGAAAAAGAAGCGCAAAUCCCGCACCGCCUUCACCAAUCAUCAGAUCUUUGAGCUUGAGAAGCGUUUCCUGUACCAGAAGUACCUGUCGCCAGCGGAUCGUGAUGAGAUCGCCGCCUCUCUGGGCUUGUCCAAUGCCCAGGUGAUCACCUGGUUCCAGAACCGCAGGGCCAAGCAGAAGCGCGACAUCGAGGAACUGAAGAAGGAUUUUGAUAGCGUGAAGGUCUUCUCUGCUCACAAGUCCUUCUUGGAAAAUGUCAACGACUUGAGCAUUUUAAAGAAAAAGCCCAUGCACGAGGCUGAUAUGGUGGGUCUGGCCGCUGCAGCCGCUGCUGCUGGCAUGGUGGUCCCGGUGCCGGGAUCAGCUCAAAUGGGCGGAGCACCGCCCAAAUGA